CAACAAUUAAGUACAAUGAUAAAAGAAAAACCAUUUGCAUAUGUUUUACCUUGGAACGCUGAAGAGAUGUUAAAAGGGUGAUCAUGUCAGCAUUGCAUUCUCGUCCAUACUUACUUCUCCAGAAGGAGCUGUUUAAAGUGAAACAAGCGGGAGUUUGGGGAAUCAAUGUUGAGUUGGUGGACGAUAAUCUUUUUCAAUGGAGAGUUUUUCUAGCUGGUUUAAAAGGGACACUUUGGCAAGAUGGUGAGUUUGUUUUACUGAUUGAUUAUUCAGAAGAUUACAACAUAGAGGCACCUGCAGUAAUGUUUCAGACAAUACCGUUUCACCCUAACGUUGACAGCAAAAGUGGAAGAGUAUGUUUAGGAUGUCUUGAACAAUGGGAUCAAGUCUAUUCAUCGCUGUUUUUGUUAUUGUCAAUUCAAAACAUUUUGUCUGAGCCUUGCUUGGAAAACGUCAUCAAUAAAGAAGCCUUGGUACUGAUCAGAUCUUAUCCAAGGCGGUAUAAGCAAUUGGUGCUUGAUUGCGUGCUUGAAAGUAAACGGUCUAGAUAUAAUCCUUCCAUAACCUUUGUCUCCAAUAAUUCGCCACCAAACGAACAUCAACUUAAGAAGCAAGCACCUGAUGAGGGCGACAAAAGUGAUAAAAAGGAUAGUUGUAAAUUGUCUUACGACGAAUACUUAAAAGCUUGGAGGGAAAUAGGCUCUACGAAUCAUGCUACACAAAACAAAAACUCACUUUGUGGCUUGCUAGACUCCAAUUUUCAUCAGACCGAUUAUGAUUCGAUAAAAACAGAAGUAGAUGAUGAAGUUCACCGACAGUUAUUUGAACAUCGCAAGCUGAUGUUCGGUCAGUUUGAGAAUGAUGGAAAGAAUAGUGCGAAAAGAUUGACAGCCAACAAAAUGGCGUUGUUGAAAGAAUUAGAUACAAAUAAAAGGGAGCACAAAAGUGUAAAAAUCGCGUUACCCUCCUCAUCCAGAGAUGAUAUAGUCAACGAGAAAGACAUCGAUGUGUUAGAAGCGAAUGAUAUAUUGGCAUGGACUAACAGUUUGCCCAAUGAUGUUUAAAAAGAUGACUUUUAGAUGGAUGCAAUUGUUUUUUGAUAAGUUAAGUACCAACUACCUUAAGUGGAUAAAUUUUCGCAAAAUUUUUCAAAAAGCAACUCGACGAUAAGGAAGAUUUGUAAUUAGGAUUUGUGGUGUAAAAAUUUGAAGUAAUUUUUUUUUUUGAAGAACAAUCCUGAAUUACGAUUUGCGGAGAUUGAAAAAGUCCUUGAUACCUCAAAGUAGUAAUAUAGAAUGUACGAAAGUCAAAGUUCACUAUUGAUUUAAUUAGUUAAUUAUACUUAUUUUUAAUGAUUUUUUAAUAUAUUUAUAUCUGCAGCCGGCAGAUUAUGAAGUUGUAUCUAUAAUAACUUUUUAUCCUGUAUAUAGAUUAAUGUGUUUUUUGACAUUAUUCCUUAUAUAAAAGUUUUGGAU